AUGCGCCAAAAGCAUUUAGAUGACGAACCCAAUGGCACAGUGGAUAAGAGAUCUUUGCAGCCACAUCUAUCCACUGGUUAUAGCAUCAUGAAACGAGUUCUCUUUGAUCCUCUCAUAAAAGGGAUUCCAAAAGACAUAAAUCAGAAACUUGAUGAGAUUGUAGAGAGGUGUUUUAGUGCACAGCUGCCGACCUUUGCUGAGAUUACCAGGUUUGUGAAGCCAGCUGCAAGUAAAACCGAUCAGAAGCCACCUAGAUCCUACCCUUAUAGGUGA